AUUCAAAUGUUUUUCAAAUUAAUAAGCUUUGUUUCAUUAUCACUAAUUAUUACAAUGCAACUCUUCCAUUCUUAACCCUUGCCACGGUAGCAGGGACAAUAGAAAAGCAGUGACAAGAUAAUAAAAACAUUCAGGUAUUGGCAUUAACAAACAAUAAAACAAAAGAAAACAAAAUGCGAAAAACUUGGGUGAAACGUGAAAAUAUCUACUAUAAACCAUUCUAUAAGCAAAAGUCCAAGAUGUUCUUAUUAGGAGUAUUCCUAUUAGGCAUAGUGUUUAUAUUCUACCAAGCUUUCUCCAUAAAUCAAUUGCAUAGUGCAAGUACGCCAUGGAGCUUAGAAGGUACCAUGAAAGGGCUACGCAAGAAACAUUUGGAAAUGAUAAAAUCUCUUGGACGAAAACAGAGCGAUGGCUUCGAUGACGGUGGAGGUGGUGGUGAUGGCGUUGCGGCAUUAGAGAAUAAUUCUGCAGAGGAUUCUAUAAAAAUUAUACGCGGAAUACGUCUGUUCGAUUAUGAUUCGUACAAACCAAACUUCGACGGCAAGUUUCGAUGUUUGGAUGGUAGUAAAGAAGUGCAAUUUGAACGUGUCAAUGAUGAUUUUUGCGACUGCACUUCCGAUGGCAGUGAUGAGCCAAGUACAAACGCAUGUCAUAAUGGACGUUUUUAUUGUAAAUACCAGAAAAGACACAUCACUGGACGUGGCGUUGACGUGUUUAUACACAGUAGUCGCAUUAAUGAUGGUAUCUGCGACUGUUGUGAUGGUAGCGAUGAGUGGUUGAAAAUUAGCUGUACAAAUAAAUGUACACAAUAAAUACAUAUAUCACGUUUAUAAUGCACCAUAAUUAAGUUAUCGGUUAUAAUAGCGUUAGAAGUAAUACACUCAAAAAAUGGCAAAUUAUAUUGUAUAAUGUUAGAGUAAUUUAUGUAUAAUUACUAUAAAAUAAAUUGGAUUUUAAAUAGAUUUUGAAUCGAA